GUAAAGGUCGUGCACGAGAUGAGCUUGGUCACCUGAAGGAAUAAUCCAGUUCCAGUAUCUGGAAGUAUGUGCUUUAAAUGUAAUGUGGCAGUGUAGUGAGGUUAUCUAUAUCAUUAGCUUUCGUUCCUGUUGUACUAUAUGGGCUGCUAAUGGACCCACCCGCUAGCUCGCGCUCUGUGGUGCUAUGAGUUUAAUGGUCAAGGCGACUCACACCACUCGCGCAGAUAAGAACAUCCCACGUACUCGCGCGACAUCAACAACAAUGGCAAACCGUAGUCUGUUUUGAUAGGAGAUUUCGGAUUGGAGCUACACGAUCUGAAACUCUCUAUUAAUCCCGUUUUGUUUUUUCUUGAAUUGGCGGAUUUUAUUUUUAAUACCCGCGUGUCCGUCCGUGCUUUUAUUUUUUCGCUUUACAUUUUUUCCGACAAUGUGCGAGACGCUGUUGGCAAGCUCACACAGUCUGUGCAUGUGUGUCCCUGCUGCUGCUUUUCUGCUGGGCUACAGCUACUAACCUAGCUGCUUUUCAGUCGGUGGUUAGCUAACUUUAGCCUGGCCGCGUUUAUUGACUGGAGGGGGGAAAAGACAAACGAAUGUAAAGCGUAUUUGUAUAGUCUGUUUUAUGACAACACCCCCCAAUUAUUUGCUGAUCGUCACUGUCGGUACCGUAAGAGGUGUUGUAUGAUUUGUCGUAGAAAAUACUUUGCUGGCUAGCUAAUAGGCUAGCUAUUUGUGUGUAUUCUUCGACGGAGGAAAACGGCGAGUUUCCUUUGAAAGUAUGGAUGACCAGACCAGGAUGAUGACGGGUCUCACCGGACUAGGUGGACUAGCACAAGCCGAUGUUGGUGACCCAGACUCGGUCAGAAAACAACAGUCCCUCGGUCAGCCUCAACAAGACAUAGGGGAUAUCCUACAGCAAAUAAUGGCCAUCACUGACGAAAGCCUGGACGAAGCACAGGCCAGGAAGCAUGCCCUGAACUGUCACAGAAUGAAGCCAGCCCUCUUCAGUGUUCUCUGUGAGAUCAAAGAGAAGACGGUUCUGAGUAUACGAGGCGUGCAGGAGGAGGAUCCCCCAGAUCCUCAGAUCAUGCGGCUGGACAACAUGUUGCUAGCGGAGGGUGUGUCAGGACCAGAAAAGGGCGGCGGAUCGGCUGCAGCGGCUGCAGCAGCAGCAGCAGCCGGCGGCUCCCCCACCGACAGCAGCAUCGAACACUCUGACUACAGAGCCAAGCUUGCCCAGAUCCGCCAGAUAUAUCAUUCCGAGCUGGAGAAGUAUGAGCAGGCCUGUAGUGAGUUCACCAACCAUGUAAUGAACCUGCUGAGAGAGCAGUCUCGCACACGGCCCAUCUCUCCCAAGGAGAUUGAGCGCAUGGUGGCCAUAAUCCACCGCAAGUUCAGCUCCAUUCAGAUGCAGCUCAAACAGAGCACCUGUGAGGCUGUGAUGAUUUUGCGCUCACGCUUCCUUGAUGCCAGACGUAAGAGGCGUAACUUUAACAAGCAAGCUACGGAGGUGCUGAACGAGUAUUUCUACUCCCACCUUUCUAAUCCUUAUCCAAGUGAGGAAGCCAAGGAGGAACUUGCCAAGAAGUGUGGGAUCACUGUGUCUCAGGUCUCUAAUUGGUUUGGCAACAAGAGAAUACGCUACAAGAAGAAUAUUGGUAAGUUUCAGGAGGAAGCGAACCUCUACGCAGUUAAAACAGCGGUGGAUGCGGCCAAUGUGUCGGCGCAGGCCAGCCAGGCUAAUUCUCCGGCAACGCCCAACUCAGGUGGAUACCCUGCACCCUGCUACACACCUGACGGGCGGCUAUGAGGAGUUGUCAGGUAGUGGCCUCUACACCCCUCAUCGCCUGGAUGCUAACAGCUGGCAGGACACCACCAACCCCCCCUCGGUUACCUCCCCUCCCGGUCCUCCUGGCAGUGUCCACUCCGACACCUCCAACUGAUCUGUUGGCUCUUCCUGCCAUCACUUCAGUCCCACCGCAGUUUGCUCUGACUACCAUCUUCAGUCCCUCUUUUUUUUUUUUUUUUUUUUUCUUCACUACUUUCUUGUCUCUUUACUCAACUAGAUGGCCACACAAGGCUUUAUUUGCAUUUCAUAAACACACUGUGCUGGAACACAGGACAGCCGAACAGUACCUAGGAGGACUUCUCCAUCCAGCUCUUCUGAAUUCAGCUCUACCCUAAUGCUCAAAGCUUCGUAACUCAGAUUUGAAAGGGGGUUGGAGUUUACUGAGGCUGAGAAAACAUGUUCUGUUAAGGACAUUUCUGAAGACCACUCACCCAGCUGUGUAGAUGAUCAUGAUGUCUGUACAUUAUGUGUAUAUGCACGUUAACUUCACACAGUACUUACACAGUUUGUUCAUGUGCUGUUGACCUCUGCACUUAACCCUUUGCUUUGGAAAACUGUGUGUGAUUGCCUGUAUCUCUUGAAGCCUUGGCAUUUGACAGCCAAACUGUUGAUACGGAUCACCAGGGAGCUCUGCUCACCUUGCUCGUACCAAAGUGCUGCCCCAGUAGUCGUCAACACAUCUGUUCCUCCAAGAUCACCCUCUGCCAACUCAAUACAAGAGACUAUUGUAUCUUCCAGUCCUUAUAGCUCGAUGUGUUUCAUUCUGUUGGAGAUUUCAAAGACCCUUCCACAACAUACACUUUGCAACUUUACAGUCGUUUUCAUAGUAAGCUGACAUAAAAGAUGUGUCAAGCACAAAAGUUAGCAUCCUUGUUAUGGGUGUCUCUACCUGUAAAUGGGUAGUUAAGGGGAUCACUGUUCUAAACCAGGCAGGACAAGUGAUAAUAGGGCUGAUGAGAAGAGGAAAGGGCAGAGAGAGGACAACAUCUUUGGUUGAGUGGAUGUAACUAAUAGCCCUUUUUGUUGCUAACCAAUAGAGGGUGUUGGUAGAUGGCUUGUAGACUUUACUUCUUGCUUUCUGUCCACUAGUUUAUUUGAUUGUAGGCUAUUUUCUAAUGCUGUUUCACCAAGAAUGCACCAGCCACCACCAAAAAUUUGCUCAAUAAAGCAUCUAAAUGACGAUAAAAGAAGGGUGGAAAGAUUUUGGGGCAUUGAUGUGUUAUUGGGACAAAACGUGUCAUGAAUUUAGAAACGUGACUGUCUUCCAUGCAUGUAGGACUUCUAGGCGUGAUAUUGUUUUCAUUUAACCUUCCGAGUUUUUAGCUUCAUUUUUAUUAACAAAAAAUAAAGGGUAUAAUUAUUACAGUCAGACCAAAAAGGAAAAAAGUGCAUCAUGUAUUGCUAUGAUGUGUGUCUCUGUGUGGGCGUGUGUACAGUGUUCUUGGGAUGUCUUAGUCAAAAUGGCUGGUGCCCUCUGACCUUUGUAAACAUAGAGACUGGGUGCUUCCACCAGCCGAUCACACACCAGAUGGGGUUCAGCUGAGAUCUCCCCCCAAUCCUGAAACAUUUAAGCUUGUGAGCCCGAGGCAACACACUACAACCUUCUGUUGUACCAAAACCAAAAAUAUCAAGUUCAGUAAUGUAAUAAUGCUACUCUGUGUCUCUAAAGUUGGUGCACAGCCACCUUCUCAGUUUGAGGAGAGGAGGGAAUUAUAUUUGUAUCUGUGUCUCUCUGUGUGGUGUUGUCAUGCCUCAGUUGAUUUGAUUUUUGGGGCUUUUCGUUGUGGGGCGAGUAGUGUCGUAUCACACUUGUAAUUUGAUUGUGAGCAUAGAAGGAAUGCUCUCCUUUUUACCCAUCUUUUAAUACCUUCUGGUAAAACUACAAUUACUUUAUCUUUAGUUCUAUGGCCAAUUGGGCAAGGGCUUCUCUCUCUCCUCUGUUACCAAAAAAGAGGCAGUCCUGGGUGUAGCAAAACUCUUAACCCACAUUUCAGACAACCCUGCAACAUUUUGGGCGAUUUCAUUGUUUAGAACUAUUUUAUACAUUAGCUAUUAUGUGAAUAACAAAGCAUUUUUGAUAGUAAGGUAAAGCCUUAUGAAGAUUUAAGUGUCAGUCAAGACUUUGUUGAAGCAUAUGUUACAGAACAAAACUUGAGCUUGAACGCUGAUCACAUGUGAUAUCCCUGAGUACUCGUUUUGUUACUCAUUGCAGUUCAUAUGACUGUAUCUUAUAAUGUUAUUGCCACACCAAAUUAUCACGCCCCCGCCUUUUUCUACCUGUUGUAAUGGAUGUCACUGUACAGUUUGUGUAAUGUUUCAGUAAUUUUUUUCUUUUUUUCGUAUAUAAGUUUUGAUGUUUGGUUGAAAUGCCUGUUUAUUUUUGGCCUUUGUAUCACAGGAUUCACAAUAACUAUCAGUUUGAAAUAUUAUUUAGGUCUUUUGUUACAUACUUGGGUUGAAAUGUAUGCUAUACAAAUGUAAUUGUAUUUGGUGCUGUGGAAAGAUAACUGUAUGAAUUGAGGUUAUAAACGUUUUAUUUCGUGUAUUGAUUUAUGGACCCACUUCCCUUCUUAAUCUCCAAGUUUCCUCAGUUAUACAGUCACUUUUCCAAAUAUUCUCCAAUUCUGGUGUGAAAUUUUUACUUUCUCAAAACAUUCCAAGAAACAGAAAAUUGCAGUUUAAAUAUAAAUUUUUUUUUUAAUAAGCCUCUCAGUUAUAUCUAAAAUGUAGAACCUGCUAUUUCAUUAUUAAUAAAAACAAAAUGCAGACAGCAAAUUUGCAAAUAGGAGUCGAUGCUUUUCAGUUUUUACAGUAGAAAAAAUUGUUUUACAUUUAAUCUGAAGAUCUAUUUUUGUGUCGCGCUAUAAACAGUGAAUAUAGCCAAAAUACAAUUGCCCAAAUCCCAUAAUGUUGAUACAUACUGUAUGACACAUUUCAGCCUUAUGAUUGUUUGGAUUCUGUAAGUGACUAAAUGACUUCCACAGCACCAAAUGGCUUCUUAACCCUUUGAUUUCUUUGAUUUUUAUUAGUAAAUUUGUAUCUCCCUUCUUUCCCUUGUAUUUACCCCUCUCUCUACCUCUGUCUUUCCAUUUCUCUUGUAUAUAACCCCCACUGUUUUCAGACUUGUGAGUCUGUAUGAACUCCUUUUAUACCUCAACUUUAGAAUUGUUCUAGAAAGAGUAAAACAAAAAGGAAGAAUAUGACAAAUUGUAGUGUUCUUAUUAGAAAAUUAAUAAAAUGAUUUAGUGUGAUUUUUUUUUUUUUCCUUCAGUAUUUGAUUUCAGAUUUUAGAAGUGUUUCAUUUUAUAAUUUGUCACAAAUGCUCUUGUGAUAGUCAAACGUAAUAAAAGGAGAGAUUGCACCA